AUGGCGGCUCAGCGGAUCUCACGGCUCGCCGUACCGUCGCGCAGGCGCAGAAUCGGCGGGCGAGAACGGGUCUGUCCGCUGAACGCUGCGGAGAGAAUGAGUGGCCAGGACUCCCCGGACGGGCCUGAUGGAGGCCCGGAGCCGGCGUCCGGCCUGAGAUGUCAGGAGAGCUACGCGUGUAGCGGCUCAGAGGCAGCCUUUGAGUGCGAUGAGUGCGGCAGCUUGCAGUGCGCCCGCUGUGAGCGGCAACUCCACGCCCAGGCGCGCUUCGCCGAGCACGAACGGAGGCGCCUGCAGCCGGGCCACGUCCCUUACUGUGACCAGUGUCGCAGUUCGGCCUCGGGGCCCGCUCCCUCCGCCCGGCCCAGGGCCUGCGCCCGCUGCCAGAGCUGCCAGCUCAACUUGUGUGUCGAUUGCCAGCGCCGCAGCCACGCAAACCGGCGCAAGCACCCGCUGCUCAUCUACCCCCCGCCGCCCGAGGCCGGCCUCAGCCCCGAGGAGCAGCAGCCGAUCGAGGUUACCAACAGUUUCUUGCUGGUCGACGAGAAGGAGGAGAUCCGGGUAGCAGAUGAAGAAGAAUUUAUUCAAAAACUUGCUUGCAAACCAGAUGAAAACCUGAAAGUUGUUUCAAUUUUUGGCAACACUGGUGAUGGGAAGUCUCACACCCUCAAUCAUACAUUCUUCAGAGGUCGUGAAGUUUUCAAGACCUCACCAACACAGGAGUCUUGCACUGUUGGAGUAUGGGUAGCCUAUGAUCCUGUUCAUCACAUUAUUGUCGUCGACACUGAAGGAUUACUGGGAGCUACUACUAACCUAAGUCAACGAACAAGAUUGCUACUUAAAGUACUUGCUAUAUCUGACACAAUUAUUUACAGAACUCAUGCAGACAGAUUACACAAUGACCUCUUUAAAUUUCUUGCUGAUGCAUCUGAAGCUUACCUUAAACACUUCACAAAGGAGUUGAAAGCUACCACUGCAAGAUGUGGGUUGGAUGUUCCGUUGUCUACACUAGGACCAUCUGUCAUUAUCUUUCAUGAGACUGUGCACACUAAGUUACUAGGAUCAGAUGGGCCUUCAGAGCUGCCAGAAAAACUGCUACAGGAGCGAUUUCAUAAGCUGGGGCGCUUUCCAGAAGCCUUUAGUUCCAUCCAGUACAAAGGCACCAGAACAUACAAUCCUCCAACAGACUUUUCUGGAUUGUUGUGGACUGUUGAACAGCAGCUGAACAACAACACAACUCGCUCUCCCAGACCCCCAGGAAUUAUCUUUAAGGCUUUGAAAGCUUUGAGUGAGCGUUUCUGUGGAGAAAUAGCAGAUGACCGAAUGGCUUAUAGCUGCUUCUUCCCUGACGAAUAUUUUACUUGCUCCUGCACAUGUCUCAGCUGUGGGGUUGGCUGCAAGAACAGUAUGAACCAUGCAAAGGAUGGCAUUCGUCAUGAAGCUCAAAGCCGCUGCAGCUACUCACACCAAUAUGAUAACAGAGUGUAUACUUGCAAGGCUUGCUAUGAGCGUGGAAAAGAAGUCAUUGUGGUGCCAAAAACAUCUGCCUCCACAGACUCUCCUUGGUUGGGCCUCGCCAUAUAUGCCUGGUCAGGGUAUGUGAUUGAGUGCUCAAACUGUGGGAUCAUUUAUCGGAGUCGACAGUAUUGGUUUGGUAACCAGGAUCCGGUGGACACUGUAGUAAGAACAGAAAUUGAACAUGUUUGGACAGGAACUGAUGGAUUUCUAAAGGACAACAACAACGCUGCCCGUCGAUUGCUGGAUGGAGUGAAUUUUAUGGCACAAUCAGUUUCAGAAUUUAGUGCCAAACCAACAAAGGUAGUGACAGCCUGGCUGACAGAUCAGAUCGCACCCUCCUACUGGAGGCCCAACUCUCAGAUCAUUAACUGUCAUAAGUGCAAUAAACCUUUUGAAGACCAGGAAGCAAAGCACCACUGUAGAGCCUGUGGCGAAGGCUUCUGUGAUGGCUGCUCAUCGAAAUCCAAGCCGGUACCAGAGCGUGGCUGGGGAUCAGUUCCUGUACGGGUGUGUGAUGAGUGUUACGAAAGAGCGGUAGUUGAAACAGAAGCUGCAAAUGAAGAUGAUGAACGUGGUACAAUAAUAGCACGGAAAGUCGGGGAAGCUGUGCAGAACACCUUUGGAGCUGUAGCUACAGCAAUAGAUUUUCCAUUAGGACUAGUGAAAGAUGCUGCCAGACCUUCUUAUUGGGUGCCUGACCACGAGAUCACUGACUGCUUCCAUUGUCGGAAAGAGUUUACCCCAAAAAUGUCCAAGCAUCACUGCCGAGCCUGUGGACAAGGAUUCUGCAAUGAGUGCUCCCAGAACAGGCGCUCAGUCUCCUCCCGUGGAUGGGAUCAUCCUGUGCGAGUGUGCAUAAACUGUUACCAAAAGGCAGGCGAUCUUUGAGCAGCAGUUAGAAAGAA